AUGCGGAGGUUGCCAUACAACAAGGUUUUGCGCCAAGCUCCUUUCCAUUCGGUAGGGGUGCUUUCUGCCGGGGUCACGAGAGAAGAGAUCUUCGUGAAACACAGAGAUCGACACUGUGCACACUCUGCACUUUUGUGGCAGCCUGCCGCUGGCGAGCUCAGGCUCGGAAAGCUGGCAGCGCCAGUGGCUCUUCACCGCUCAACCUGGGGAAAAGUCGUCCAAAGGAGAAGAUUGACUCUGGCAGCUGGGUGCUGCCGAGCGUGGACAAAGAUGUGGAUGAGUACUUCGCUGGACGAGCGCCUACCUAUGCCUGGGUGCAGACCAGUGAAACCCUGUACGUCUUUGCUCCACUGGAGGCAAAACGACAGCAAGGAGGCUGCCCACGGAGAGGAACUUGAUGCUCCGAAUGUGACAUUAGACCUCCAGCAGGAAGGCACCAUCAUCAGGCUUAUCGUGGGAGGGCAAACAAUUCUCAAUGGACGUUUGGCGCAUCAGAUCAAACCUGGCGAGCAGAUUUGGAUGGUUGAGGAAGCCUCAGACGGCAAAGACUUUGUUGUGUGCGAGCUCGACAAGCUGACACCUGGCGUCAACUGGGCAUCAGUGAUGGAACCUGAGGUCGAAGCAGUUGCUGAUUAUGCCCGUGCUGUAGUAGAGAUGCCAGAAAUUUUGACGGAAGAGGAGGAAAGAUUGGUAGAUGAAACCUUGCAUCACUUGCAGAGAACGCAUCGGACUUUGAGACCUGUGGAAGGCAGAGCCGCUUCAAUUGGAGAUGUCGUGACUGUGGACAUGCAGGGCUAUGAGCUGCAGCCAGAUGGAAGCCGUGGCAAUCCACUGGAGAUUGGAUCAGCCACUGGCCUGGACAUCGAGUUGGGCUCCGGUGCUUUCUCAAGACAGGUGGAGGCCAAUCUCGAAGGAAUUCAAGUCGGUGAGUCGCGAGAUGUGCAGGUCACCCUGGGUCAACGAGCUGGUGGUCUUGGCGGGUCAUCAAUCAUUUGCGCCGUCACUUGCCAAGCGCUUCAGGAGCAACAGCUUCCUGAACUAUCAGAUGAGUUUGCCAAAGUUGUAAAGCGCCAAGACCUCUUCAAGCAGGCUGGUACUGCAGAAGGCAUACCAGAGGAAGAAGAAGGGGUGGCAGAGAGCUUCACGAUGGCGGACCUGCGGGCAGAGAUUGUGCAAGAAGUGCGCCAAGCGGCUCAGACACAGUCCAAUAGCAACGUCGAUGCCCAGCUUCGAUCACAUUUGCGCCAAGCUAUUAAGGUGAGAUGCCACUGGGCCGAGCUGGGUUCGCAAGAAGCUGUACUAGAAGAGGAGCUGUUCGUGAGGGUCCGCUUCGUGGCUGAGCGUGAGGGUCUCAUGUCUUACAUUGACAUGGACGCAGUGGAUCGACAAGCCUGGGACAAGCUGGGGGAGCCAGAUGAUGGCGAAAGUUUAAAGCAAGUUGGCAAAGAUCCAGCACGAGAGUAUCAGGAUGCCCACACCGUGGUCUUUCGAGAGCAUCUUAUGAAUGAGGUCUUGCACUGGCUGCGGCAACAAAUGGAAAUCGUUGUGGAGGAAGGGCAAUGA